AUAUUUAAGAGUAAUUAGUGAAAGUAACUUACAAAUUUUAACGAAGGUUACUUUCAACUAAUUAUCACUGGUAGGCACGUUAGUUUAUAUAUAUUGUUCAAUACGUUUUUUUUUUUUUUUUUUUGGAAGGAAAUGGUUUAAAUUUGUAGUUGAAUACGAACCCGCCAUUUUUGUUUUUCGAAUUGUCUAAAAUUACCGAAACAGGAAAUUUAUUUUUGAUUCCCUCCAAAUUUCCAAUAUUCAAAUUAGGCACUAUAAGUAGCAGUCGCAUUUUAUUAUGGUCGCUCUGUCAGGGUAAUUUUUAUUUUCAUGGCGGACUGCGAACCUCCCUCGUUCUCUCUGGGCUUUGAUUUUGGUUUCGAAUCGGAGCCCCGUAUACCUGAUCAUCAGGAACACUCCAAUCCCCCUCAAAAACCAGCUCCAGAUCCUUCUGCUAUUGAGCCAAGUACGCCUCUCGAUGACGACGAAGACGAAUUCGGACCUGAAGUCGCGGACUCGGAUAUCGACACCCGACCAUACCCGCCUCGGGUUUUCAAACGGCUCAGGCGAGGAAAACCCCAGUUGGCCAUAAUGCCGCUGCCGCUUUGUGGCGAUGGAGAGGAAGAUAUCGAGGAUUUCUCCUCACAAGAAGAUAUCUUACGAGCAGAAGUAAAUCCAUCAGCACCACAUCAUGGCAUGUGUAGUAGUUCAAAGAUCCCUUUACAUGGACAGUGGAAAACAAUAAAAAACAAGCCAGUUUCAACUGUAACAGCUUCUGCAAGCGUGGAAUCAGGUCACAAUGAAAAAUUGUUUUGGGAUGUAACUGUUAGUCCUCUUCGAAAGUUCCAGUUAAUUGAUUCUGAUUCAGACGAUACUUCCACAAGUGAAGAAGUUAUAAUCAGGGAAAAUCACAAACAAAACACUAGCCAUCCUACCACUACAGGGGAACAAAUAAGAAAAGCUUCAGGUUUAAUGCCCCAGGGACUGGACUUAUGGAAAGAUUUCUGUCCAGUUAAGAGUGUUUGUACACCUGUUUUAGAUGAGUUAUGUGAAGAAUACUUCCGCUCUUUGCAUGAUAAGAAAUCAUGUAAAAAAAUGGGAAAGACUGCAAAUGGACAAAUCAUUGAACAGUCCUUAAAUGUGGUUAAUCCCCUUCUGCCUGCACAUCGUUAUUUUCUCCAUCAUGAUCCUAGGGUUCGGAAGUUAGUUCGCAAUCGCUUAUUUAAUUUCUCCCCAUUAGGUAUUGAUGAGGACAGUGAAAAUCAACAGAGUCGAUCGUCAUUUAUUGAUUACAUGGGACAAUUUGGUAGCAGACAAGCUCCCGAACGACAAGCAACUCAACAUGCUAAUCUUGGGAGUUCAAAGAGAGGAAGAAACAAAGUGAAUGAAGUCUUCCUUGGCUCUCGAGGCUCUAUUAACCUACCUAAAGGAAACACAACACAAAGUAGUACUGCUAAGAAGGGUUCAAAUAAGCAAAAUGGUAAGUCUGUAAAACAAAGUGCUGGGAAAGUUUUUGAUGCUUCUCAAAACUGGGUAGAUCCAAAUGAAGGGAGCACAUCACGAAAAACUAGUGUUAAGAGAAGCUCAAAGAGAGGACGAAGUAGAGCACAAUCAUCCAACCCUGGAGAAGGCCUCCAUAACUGGGUGGAUCCUAGAAGCAGUGCUGGCACUAGAGAGGAUUCUGGCAAAAGGGGUGUUCAACCAGUUGGUCAAUCUGUUGGUCAUUGGUUUACAGGCUCAGAUGGACGAAAGGUUUAUGUCAAUAAAAAUGGGCAAGAGCUGACAGGUCAAAUUGCUUACAGGCAAUACAAGAAGGAUAGAGGAGCAGGCUCGAAUAAAUCCAAAAGGAAAACAAGUUCUAGAAGGAAAAAAGCUUGACAGUGUAAAAAAACCUGUUGGUCCCUAAUCAUCAAUUGUCUUUUUUGCCUUUCCCUUGUUUGUGGUGGGUUUUUGUCCAAAAUUUAAAUACUUGAUUCUAACCUUUGAUAAUUGUAGAGAGUUGAUGAAUAAAUCACGAUUUUGCCUUUUUUGGUGAA